AUGUUAUCAUCAUUUGCUACUGCUACAUCGUCAUCGUCAUCAUCUUCUCCAUAUGAAUCAUCACCUGCUUGGUGGAAAUUUAAUUUUAUAACAACAUCGUGUGCAACAUUAGCAACUUCAUUUUUACCAUCAACUGCUCCUUUAGCACAAAAUACAUCAUUAUCAGGCACGUCAUCUGCCGUAGUGGAGAAUCGAACGAAUCAUAUCGAUCGUUAUUAUCAAUCUUUUUCCAAUGGUUUUAACCAUGAUAAUGAUGAUUCAUUACGAAUAUUAUUAUUUGCGGAAAGUUUUCCAUCAUUUACAAGUGGUAUAACGCGUCGUUUCAAAGAAAUUAUACGACGUCUAGCGAAAAGAAAACAUUAUAUACAUGUCAUAACGGGUUGUAAAAAUGCUAGUUUAUGGCUUGAAGGACAUGAUUAUUUGCAAGAAUAUGUAACAUUUUCAAUAUUACCAUCAACUGAUUUUACUAAUAAAAUAGACUGUGCAUGCCCAUUUUUAUUUCCAAAUACUGCUAUUUAUUUUUCAAUACGACGUUUUUCACCAAAUGUUAUUCAUAUUGUUGAACAAACUCCAGCUGCUAUGCUCUGUGGUGCAUUUGCUAAAUCAUUGAAUAUCCCUAUUGUUUGGUCUUCUCAUACAAAUAUUGAUUUUUAUCUAUCAACAUAUAUACGUUCUUAUGCCGUUAAAAUGACACGUUCUAUUUAUCAAUAUAUUCGUUUGAAACAUUUAAUUUAUUCAUCAAUUAAUUUAACAGUUAGUCAAGAUUUUGCCGAUUAUAUGGAACAUACAGGUAUACCUCGGCCAGUUUUAGUUUGGAAGACUGGUGUUGAUUCUGAAUUAUUUAAUCCUCGCCGACGUUCAUCAGUCAUGCGUUAUCGUAUGUUUGGCACAUUAAAUAAUUUUACGCAUGAACAAAUGGAUUCUAUAACAUUAUUUCUUUGUGUUGGCCGAAUAUCACCAGAGAAAAAUUUCGAAUUUCUAUCACUUAUAUUAGAUCGUAUACCAAGUGAAACAUUUCUAUGCAUUAUUGGUGAUGGUCCAUAUCGUCAUACACUUGAACCUUUGUUUCCAACGGAUCGUGUUUAUUUUUUUGGUUAUCUUGGAGGAGAAGAAUUGGCAAAUGCUUAUGCGAGUGCAGAUUAUUUUAUAUAUGCGUCAGUUAGUGAAACAUUCGGACAAGUCUAUCUAGAAGCCAUGGCUAGUGGAACACCGGUUAUUGCUGCUGAAGGUGGACAAUUAAAAGAAUUUUUUAUUAAUAGUGAACACGGUUAUUUAUGGGAACCGGAAAAUAUUGAAUCAGCCGAAAGAGCUGUACGUCUAGCAAUGAAAAAUCGUGACCAUUUAUCAGUUCAAACUCGGCAACAAGCACUGAAACAUUCGUGGGACUCAGCUGCUGAUCAAUUAAAUAAUGUUUAUUAUGAUGCUAUUAAGAAAAAUGGCAAACAUAGUGAACCUAAUAGUUUAAUAGUUCUAUUUCGUAUAUUUUAUUAUGGAUUUCAUUGGCUUGUAUGUAUUCUGCUGGCAUUGUUUUUAAUGGCACCAUUUGUAAAAGUUUCAUCACCUCUACCAGCUGCGACGCAGAACACUAGUUUUACUCGAAAGAAACAACAAAUCCAUUCGACAAAAAACUGUUUUCAUCUUGAUGAUACAUAG